AUGACGGUCAAACCCCCUUCGGAACAGAUAGAUCUAGCGCAAGCCAGUCUAAAUUUCGCCCUUCCAUAUGGCGGUAUUGGUAUUGCGACAGAUGUCAUCACUUUUUACAUAUCCGUCAUGUUGUUGUGUAGUAAGAGUCCUCUAUUUUGGAGCAAUUGUUGCAGAAAUACAUUAGAAGAUGGGACCAGUUUAAAGCAUGCGCGUUUCAAUGCCAUAUUAGCUGUCAUGCAGUUCUCAUCGACCAUAAUCAUUCCGCCAAUAGUGAUAGUCGAAAGUCAAAACUGCCAUCUUCAAUUUAUAACGUCCUUGAAGCUCGUUACCUCUCUGAUUUCGAGCGCAAUCGCGUUUUCUGCUGGCCGUCAAGAAUCACAAAAAAGAUCGGAGCGUUCUGAACCUACAUUGAUACCCGUUUGGAUUUUGGCAAUAUUCAUUGCAGCGACAAUAGGUAUAAUGUUCGGCGCAAUCACUUUGGCGAGUAACUUGGUACGCCAUGGCCUCAAAUUUGGGGUCACUACUGGGAUAUAUGGUAUUACUACAACCACAGUCAUUUUGUUAAUAAUGACAGCUUCAGCUCUGCAUCACUGGUAUCGAUGGCAUCCAGAGGGAGACGAAGAUGCUCAUGAAACGUACUCGGAGUUAGAGGGUGACGCGGAGCCCUCGAGAUCAACGCAAAACUUGGGAUAUGAAUGCUACCGCAUGUUAAGCCGUGUGUUGAACUUUCGAUCGGCGGAAUCAGGCUGUAUUAUAUGGGGAAUCUGUGCAACAUCGACGCAAGUCUAUAUUGAUUUGAUUGUCGGUUUGGCUGCAGAAAAUAUCGGUGGCAAUCCCAAUCCCAAAGCUGGACUCAUGACUUGGUUGUUUUGGUUGUAUUUCGGAUUCCAGGUGCUACCACUACUUAGCUGCUGA